AAAUAGGCCACUGGUUUGGAAUGAAGAAGCUCUCCUUUGAAUGACUGCUUUCUGAAUUUAACAAAAACAUCUUGGCAAGAUCUAAAUCAGAAGAGGACAACCAGCAGCAAAACAGAUGAACUCAGUUGCAGUGGCGAUGAGUGCACCAUUGGAAGUUCCGAAAGACCAGGUCUCCAUGGAGGAAGAAUAUGUACAAGGACAAUUCAAGAAGUUGCAAGCGCAACAUAUGAUCAUGCAGAAAAAAACAUUUACCACCUGGCUGAAUAAUGUUUUCUACGAACACAGUGCAAACAUUAGGAUUCUAGAUAUCUACACUGAGCUGAAAGAUGGCAUUUAUCUCCUGCAUCUUUUGGAACUACUGUCUUCUGAACAACUACCCAGGCCAAACAAAGGCAAGAUGAGAGUACACUUUUUGGAGAACAAUAGCAAAGCCAUUCAGUUCCUCAAAUCUAAGCAGGUACAUGUGAAGCUAAUUGGACCAGAAAACAUAGUAGAUGGAGACCAGACCCUCAUUCUUGGAUUAAUGUGGAUAAUUAUACUCAGAUUUCAAAUUUCAUUGAUCAGUCUUGACAAGGAUGAAUUUGGAUACAGAGUUGAUGCUCUUUCUUCCAAUGAAGCUCUACUGGUUUGGUGUCAACGUAAGACAGCCAGCUAUUCUAAUGUCAACAUAAAAGACUUUUCCAAAAGCUGGAAUGAUGGGCUAGCUUUCAAUGCCCUCAUUCAUGCUCACAGGCCUGAUCUGAUACAAUACAGCUCCCUGCGGCAUGACCAGCCCAUAAUUAAUCUAAAUAAUGCCUUCAAUGUGGCGGAGAAGCACUUGGGGAUCUUAAAGUUGUUGGAUGCUGAAGAUGUGGCAGUGCCAUUUCCAGAUGAGAGAUCCAUCAUGACCUAUGUGUCAUUCUACUACCAUUAUUUUUCCAGGCAGAAGCAGGGUCAGACAGUCCAGAAAAGGCUUGCUAAAUUCGUGUUUUGCCUGAAGGAGACAGAUGAAUUGAAAUUCCAGUAUGAACACAUGAUCUUUGAACUCUUGAAAUGGAUAAAGCUCAAAGUGACAGAACUGGAUGACCGUUCCUUCCCCAAUUCUCUGGAGGAAAUGCACUGCCUCAUGAAUAACUUAAAGGUCUUCCGCACUAUGGAGAAACCACCCAAAUACCGUGAGAAGGGAAUAAUUGAAGCCAAUUUUUUCCACAUAAGGACCAAACUGCAAGUCAACAAUCAGCGCCCUUAUCUGCCCCCUGAAGGAAAAACUUUAAGAGAUCUGGAAAAAGAAUGGAUUGCUUUGGAGAAAGCAGAGGCCAGUCGAGGAAAAGCAAUACUACAGGAGCUGUUAAGACUUGAGAAAGUUGAGCAACAGGUCCAGAUGUUUCUGAAGAAAGCAGCCAUUCGUGAGGCCUAUUUGAGAAACAUGAGAGAGAUAAUCAAAAAGCAGGAUGAUUGGCAACCUGACAGUGUAGAACAGCUUCAGGCAGGCACUAGGAAACUAGAGGUGAUUGAAGCAGACAUGCUUCCCCAAGACCAACGCUUCACAGCUUUGUCUACAAUGGCUGCUGAAAUCAUGCGGGAGAAUUAUCAGGACAAGGCCUUGAUUGCCAAAAAGCAAAUGGACAUCAUUCAUCAAUGGCAAGAUCUCUGGGACCAUCUCAAAAGACAAAAACAUGCUAUGGAAAAGAUGCGGGAACUCCUAGUCCUUUUGAGGGACAUUGACACCAUUAUGGAAGAACUUAAAGGCAUGCAGGCAACAUCAGUUGGAAGGGGCAUUGAACUUUUUUGAAUUUUUUCAUGAGUGCAAAGAAGAAGAGAAAUGGUUGUCUGACAAAUGGAAAUUAGUGAAGAUGGGAACCUUAGAGGAUGAUCUCACUCAUAUUUCAGCCUCUCUCCAAAGCCAUAAGUCUCUCCAAGUUGAGUGUGACUCCCAUCAAGCAAUUUCUUCUAAAAUAAUUUGCAAAGGCCGAGAGUUAAAGCAGAAUAAUCCUUCAAACCAAGCGAUUCAAAAGAAGCUGAAAGAUAUCCAGCAAUUGUGGCAACAGCUCCAAGAUGAGAUGACUAAUUGUAAGGUCCGCUUGGAUACAGCUGCUCUCAUUCAACAGUAUUUUGCAGAUAUUAAUGAGGCUGACUCCUGGCUCCAGGAAAAACACACUCUUCUAGCCAGCAAAGAUUUUGGGAAAGAUGAAUCUAGUGCAGAAGCUUUAUUACAUCGUCAUCUUCAUUUGGAAAAGGAGCUUGCUGCUUAUUUUACAGAAAUAAGCCACUUGGAAGAACAGGCCCAUUCUGUGGCACAGCAAGUGAUACUUGUCAAACCUACAUUCACUGGACACCUUGGCUCUGAUUCACACGUUAUUGUAGAAAGCAUAUGGAAAAUGCAGAAGAACAUUGUUUUGCUGUAUGAAAAACUGCAAGCCAUGGCUGAGCAUAGGAAAAAAGAGUUACAAGAAAGAAUCCAACUCUAUCAAUAUUACAACUCCUGUGAAGAGUUUCAGUCUUGGAUAGAUGACAAGGAGAAAAUUUUCCAGACCAUUCAACCGAAAGCCAACAAUGUGGAAGCUAUGCAGCAAAAAUUCCAGAAUUUCCUAAUAGAAUUGGCUGCUGGGAAAAAACAGCUGGAUGAGAUCAGUUCCUCAGCAGAUAUGUUUUCUAAGAGGUGUCCCGGAAAACAGAAGGAGAUCCAAACUUGUAAGCAAGAGAUAAACAAGAGGUGGGAAUGUCUGGAAGCAUUAAAAGAAGAAAAAGGCUCAGAACUGGUUGGGGUUACUGAUGUGAAGAUGCUCCUUCAGGAUUGCAGUGACACUCAGGAACUGUUACAAGACAAAAUGACCAGCCUUGAGGAUUUGGGGCAAGGGAACAAGCCUGCUGUCCUGGAAGUGCAGUCACGCAAGCUUUCAGCCUGUGAAAGAGACAUCUUAGUUCUGGAGAGAAAAAUUGAAUACCAAAAGAGGAUAGCCAAUUUAAUCCAAGAUUCUAAUCCUGCAGAGAGUCAUGCCAUAAAAGAACAUGGAGAAUACUUGGAGAAUCUAUUAUUAAUGUUAAAGUUAAAAACAGAGGAGAAGAAGGUGGUUUUGCAGAAAGCAAGGGAUCAACAAGCUUUUCUGCAAGAGAGCCACAGACUUCUCUUAUGGAUUGAUGGUAUGAAGGAGAAACUGACAAGUGAAGAGAUGUGUACAGAUGUGAUCUCUGCAGAACAGCUCCUGAAAGAGCACCAGGAUUUGCUGAAAGAGAUACACAGUCAGAAUCACAGAUUUAAGCAGCUGCAAGAAUUAGGCGAGAAGGUUGCAGAUAGUUCAUCCAACAUUGGAGCUCUUGAUGUUGGUGAAUAUAUAGACAGAAUUGCUCAAGGAAGAAAUGAGCUGGAUGAGUUAUGGACGGAGCAACAGAAGAAGCUACAGGAAAAUAUAGCAUUGCACAAAUUCAUCAAAGAAGUUGGUUCAAUCCUUGCUGCUAUCUCCAGCCAUGAGGCCUUUUUUCAGACGGACAAUCUUGGGGAUCACAUGGAUUCAGCUCAGAGUCUCCUGAAGCAACAUGAGGAUUUUGAACAAGUGCUGUUGGUAUUGAAACGUCGAAUAAAUGCAACCAAUGGCCAAGGAGAGCAGCUGAUAGAAAUGGGUCAUUUUGCUUUUGACAGGAUUAAGAAGACAAUGGUUACCUUAUGUGAAAGAUGGAAAUUGCUCAUAAAUAAAUAUGAGCAGAGAAAAAGGAGGCUCUUGGAUUCUCUUCUACUACAGGAAUUCAUUCGUGACACUGCUGAACUCUUGGUAUGGAUGGAAGAAAAAUACAAGAUAGCCUCAGAUGAGUCUUACCGUGAUCCCACAAAUAUCUUACGGAAGCUGAAAAGGCAUGAGGCUGCGGAACAAGAAAUGAUGGCCAAUAAGAAGCAUUUUAUGGGGGUGAUGACGGCUGGAAAUCAACUGAUACAAAAUAGCCACUAUGCUGCAGAUACCAUUCAGGACAAAAUGUUGGAAAUAAAGAAGAAAUGGGAGAAACUCUACAGCAAGAUGAUAGAACGUGGAGAUAAAUUGAGGCAGGCUGGUCAGCAGGAACAACUGAUGGAGCUUCUUGAGGAUGCUGACGAGAAGAUAGAGAAGAUAGAAAGGAUGCUUCAAAAUGCAGAAUUGGGUCAUGAUUUGCGUUCCAGUCGCAAUUUACUUAAGGAGCAUAGACAACUAGAAAAUGAAAUGCAGGGACUGGCUGAGAAAAUGAAUUCCAUUGUGUCUCAUGCCAAGAGUGUAGCUACACAUCACUUCAAUAGAGAGAGGAUUCUUGAUGAAACCCAGAAUUAUCUGGACAGAUUUGAUUCCCUCCAAAAACCUCUUGCGGAGAGGGGGCAUCUGUUGGAGGCAAAUGUGGAACUGUUUCAGUUCUACCAUUACCAUGACAUGGAAAUGAAAUGGAUUAAUGAGCGAAUGUCCAUUGCCAAUUCCACAAUCCAAGGAAAAUCUUUAAAUGGGGCUCAAAGCUUGCUACAGAAGCAGAAGGAAUUACAAAUCGAAGUAAAAGCCCAUAAGCAGCAAAUCUCCAGGGUUCUAGAAAAGGGGAAUGCCAUGGCAGACGAUACGUGCAUGUCUUCUCAGACAAUCAAAGAAAAGUGCCAGGAACUGAGCAAAAACUGGACAGAGCUGGAAGAAGCGUGUGAUAAAAAAAUUAAGCAACUGCAGCAAUCAGUUGUUUACUAUCAGGUAUAUACUUUUUAAUAUUGUAAGCUACCCAGGGCUUUUGGAUAUGAGACGG